AUGGAUAAGAACCGAAGGAGAACGGAUGAUGCGGGUUUAAUGACCAAAACACUUGCUGGAAUUGCAGCGCUGGUGUUCUUUCUCUCAUUCAUCUGCUCCUCUUAUGAUAUCACUGUCACACAUGUAAUAUCAACGAUAGACGUUAUUCUUGAAGAAUCCGAAUAUUAUCGAUCCGCGAAAGAAUGGACGGCGUCAUCAAUUGAUGCCACGUGGAAUGAGGUUUCGAUACCUUCCAGAAAAGCAGAACACAUUCAAGCUAUAAAUCCAGAAGUAGAUGUUGCCGCCGGUGGAAAACACGUCUUCACACCAGAACAAUUGCACUUUUUCGAUGGAACUCGAGAUUCAAAACCAAUAUACUUGGCAAUUCUGGGUCGUGUAUACAAUGUAGACGGAAAGAAAGAGUACUAUGGACCCGGAAAAUCAUAUCACCAUUUUGCCGGUCGAGAUGCUACACGGGCAUUUACUACUGGGGAUUUUCAGGAGAGUGGGCUGAUUGCAACGACUCAUGGACUUUCGCAUGAUGAAUUGCUAUCAAUCCGUGAUUGGGUAUCAUUCUACGAUAAAGAAUACCCAUUGGUUGGAGUUGUCGCUGAUCUUUACUAUGAUUCAGAAGGUCAACCAACUCCUGAACUAACUGAUGUUCUAGCACGAGUCGAAAAAGCCAAUGAGUAUAGAAAAGCACAGGCGGUGGAAAUUGAAGUUUUCCCUCCGUGUAAUAGUGAAUAUAAUCAGAAUGGAGGACGGGUGUGGUGUUCGACGAAAAGUGGAGGUGUCGAGAGACAAUGGGCUGGAGUUCCAAGAAAACUAAUCGAACCAACUACUGAAAAAUUCCGAUGUGCAUGCGUCAAAAAUUUCGGUCCAGGAGUUUCGGGAGCCGAGGAAGUGAAAUCUUCAAGUAAUCGUGGAGAUCUUGAUCAUCCCGACCUGGAACUCUUCCCAGACUGCUCACCAACAUCAAAUAGUUGCAAAAUUGUAUCUUAAUUUCCAGUUUUGAAUUUUUCAAAGUUUUCUAGUCCCCUUUAUCCCUGUUCCACCAAAAUUAUGUGUGCUUUAGCUGUUGCCCCAUUCUACUUUUAAUUCAAUGUCUUAUUGUUCCACUCCAAACCUACGGUUUCCUGAUUCAACUUUUUACAAAUCUGCCUUUUCAUCAAAUUCUGUGUUUUUUUCCAUUUUUUCCCCCAUUUUAUACAAAAAUUCCUUGUUAGGUUUUCAUGUAUCUUUUUGAAAAAUAUCAAAGAGUGUAUCAUAAUAAUAAAUUAUAAAAUCAACCCAA